AAAAAGCAAGUUUUAUCUCAAUUUGUAAUAAAUGUAGUAAAAAGAAAAAAUGCCUGAAACAAUUAUAGAAAGCGUCCUUACGAAAAAAUUAGACACGGGACUGUUAAUUAAAUGGUUAAAUAACGAAUCUAUUGAGGAAGCUACAGAGGAUUGUAUUUUAUUAUGUUGCAGUAAAAGCGAAUUUGUUGCUCAUUUUUUAUCUUAUAUACGAACUCAAACAGACAGUAUUUUACAAACAAACAGCAAUGCAAUACAGCUUCUUCAACAACAACCUACUCCGGAGAAGAUAUUAUCUCGGAGGAAGCAUAGAAGAUCCGUUAGUGAUCCAACAAGUGACACUGAUCGAACGGCCGACAGCCUCAGUGUAAAAACUGACCACCAAAAUAGUCAAGGAUCACCAAACAGAGAUCGCAAAAAGACAGGACGAAAAGUAAAAACAAAAUUGUUUCCCGAUGACAAAACUAAAGAUCCUUCCGUUUCCCCUGAUGAAUCUAAGAUAUGUACUGGAGUUAAUAGACUUAUAAUAUCAAGUACACCAGUCAAAAAUGGUUACAAAAAUGAAUAUUCGAAUAUUACAAGUCCUGUCACACCAAAUUACCGUAGCUUCAAAGACAACUAUGAACGCUGCGAUACACCUAGAAUAUCCCACAGACAUUCUCGGUCUCAGGAAAAAAACAUUAGUUUCGGAGAUUUUUUAGUUAAUGCACAACCUAAAGGUAGCAAAAAGAAGCGCGGUAAAAAUACAUCUGAUGACAAUGAUAUUGAAACGAAAGUGGAUCUAGACCUUAGCAAUUCGGAAAUAUUUCCAGAAAUAGGCGCGAGAAAGUCCAGUUCGUUACGAUCUGAACGAAGACGGAUCAAACCAACUAAUUUAGACAAGAGUUCAAGUCAAAAAAGUUUCUCUUUAAACAAUUUUAACGUUGAAAAUUUCCAAUCGAACUCUCCAUUGGCUUUAGAAGAGAAUGCAGCUUUCAAAUAUCAAAAAGUGCAACCGAACGAAUCAUCAAACAGUUUUGAAAUAGAGAGAAACAUUUUGAAACAAGAGCGACACAAACUCAUGGAGAAGUUUAACAUUUUAAAUACAUCAACGUCACCCAAAAUUGUAACGACCCCACAGAUAAAAGUAACACGUAAAGAGUUAAUGGAUGUGAAACAGAGGUACAUUACCGCUAAUGCAAAUAAUGUUGUAUUUAAAGAAUGGAUAGAUAUUUUUGUUGAAAUAUAUGAUACAAUACUAAAAAAUAAUUUAGUCCUUAGUAUUAAUACAGAGUUGUACUUUCUAAUAUCAAUUUUGCUUUCGAAACAAUUCGAAGAACACAAUGCAAAUGUUGAAUCUCAACUAGAUGAUAGCAAUGUUAGUGAAUAUCUUUUAAAAUCAAUACACAACAGUACAUAUUUCGCUGUAAAGUCCUUGUGGUGUCAACGAACUAUAUUAGAAGUUAUUUUAGAUAAGAAUUCAUUGAAAAUAUUAGGUGAGAAUAAGAAAGUUCGAAGUUUUUAUCCGGAAUUGGCAAAAUUUCUUCUGAACUCGUACGGACUUAAGGUCGAAGCUGAGAAAAACCAGGACAAGUCUAAAGCAAUAUCAGAAUGUCGGGCGUCGAAUGGUGUUAUUUGUUUCAAUUUCGAAACGGACAAUGCCGAUAAUUUUCCAUCCAUAUUGAGUUUUCAGAAUUUUAAGAAGCAAAGGGACAUGUUUUAUGAAAUUCUAAGGUGGUACCAAGACACUCAGACAUCCGGUGGAUCGAGGACUACAUUCAAAGCCCGCAUCAAGACUCUACUUGCAUCAGGUCCGACCGCAGCUAACCAUGCUCACCUUGCUGCCUUGUUCACCGCUCAUAUGAUUGCUGAGUGUUUACCGCCCACUUCACAGGAAUCAAAGAUGAGUAAGUUACAUCGACGGCUGACCUGCCCCAAUGCGCCUGAGACUCACAGACUGCCACAAUUCUCUGACAAAGAGAUAUUUUAUAAAGAAUUUAUAAUGUACGCUGAAAAUGAAAGCUUUCGAGUCCAUUUACGGGACGCGUUUUCUACAGAAAUAAUAGUUUUAGACACCUCUUCAAUAGUCACUGAGAGUUCAAACGAAUCAGAAAUAUCCAAGGAGUUUUUACUAUUGUCUAAGAAACUGUGCCUUUUAUCGAAGUUUCUGGGGUAUUUGACUUCUUUACCUUAUUCCCAAGUACCAUCGGAUUUUACAACGAAGACCGCAGCUCUGGUGGUCACAAAUUCAAAGGAGGAUAAUUAUGCUCCUCCUAAAGAAAAAGUAUUGGAAAAUAACCUUGCUUUAAGGAAUUAUAGUCAACCCUCUAUAGAUUUGAAAGGACUAUUAAUAAAUUCUGAUGAAAAUGGUCGCCUAUGCAUCACAGUACCAUGGAUCGUACAUUACUUAUCGAUGCUUGACUACACGACGCUGCGUAUAAAAUACUACCAAAACCUACUAAAGCUACUGUUCAAUAUAUACGAAAUGAAAUUAAAAAUUCAUCCGAUUAGUUUAUUGAAAAAGAACACGGUGAUAUUUUUGAAAUCGAUUUUAGGAUGGUUAUUCGAUUUGCCUCAUUUCCCUCAAGAAUUUUUCUACGAGAGUAAAACUUGUAAUGUCAGUGUUGCCAGUGAGAACGCCAUAGAUUAUUACGAUUUGAUUGAUGAAAUGGUUUUAUUUGAAUUAUGCCCAAUAUUAAAAGAUGUUAACGUGUUACUGUCUACUUGUAAAGUGUCACAUGAUCAGAAAGACAUCGGAAGUUUUAGGCACAUCACGCCUGUCAGUUUGAGUUUGAACAUGGAGGACCGUAUGAGAAAUAAAGAAAAGGAAUUACAGGCACGAUUAGAAGAAGAGUUUCUAAAGACUCAGCCGUCAUCAACCCGGCGCGUGCUAGAGCUGGUGAUGGAGCGCGUGACUUCAGGCGCUGUGAAGGAGCUCGCGGCACACCUGCUGGCACACUGCCGGACCAGCGCACGCGACAAGGCCUGCGCACUAGUCAACACCAGUACUAAUGAAGAUAGUGAAGCUCUCCUAAAAUCCCUGGAGGCGUUAUAUAACACGGAGCUGCAGCAACUUCGGAGCGAAGCCCUAUCUGUAGGCACGGCGUCUAUCAAACGGCGAGCGGGAGCUGCGCUGGCUGCUCUACUGCCUGCUGCGCCUUCGCCCCUUCUGUCUCUCGCUGUUAAAGGCUGCGUCAACAGAUUAAAUAAAUGGCUUAAUGACAACUGGAGUACUACAGCCGUCCUCUGCAAGGACAUCCAGCAAGAGAUGAAGACAUUGCAAGUGAUAGGUGAGGUGGUUGCAGCGAGUGCUCCGGCCUCGCCCCUCGACCUCGCAGACAUGAUGCUGCCUGAUGACAAGUUUGAUGCUGUACAUGUCAGUCCUGCAUCCGCCGUUAUCAGCCUUAAAGAGCACGUUUGUUUGCUAUUGGACUACGAUGAGGUGCCGGAUUCUACGUCGUUACUUGCGUCUUGUGCAUUGGCUUGUUCACCAACGAACAUAUUCAGUCGUCCGCCAACACAACGAGCUCUGCUACAGCUUAGUGUUGAUUACUGCAUUGUAUUUGUGAGUCGAAAACCAGAGCAAGUGAAUGAAGGAUUCCUAAACAAAUUGCACGCUAUUUGGAACACGUGUUGUCCUGAUAGAAUAAAACAAGCCCCCGAAGAAAUAUUGUUACCCGAGAGAAGAUCGGAAUUGUCGCCUCAGUUCCGAAACUUUGAGGAUGAUGAGCGAGCGCCCUCACCACUCAGUGAUGAUGAAACUGAACAGAAGAUAGAUGGCGCUAGUACUAAUAUUAAUAUGGAAAAAAUUGUCGUUGUUAUGGAUAUUAAUUCUAGUGCCGAAGUUAAAAAUGCAUCUUUAGAUCAAUCAAAGACUGACCGUCAGGAAGAGAACCCACUACUCAAAACAUUCGACCGUGUGCUUUGUCCACGGAACAUUGUGUUACUGAGUGAGUCUCGGUGUACUGCAAGCGAGGUGUGGCAAGCAUUAGCCACAGUUCUAGUCUUUUUAUUAAAGAAUGACUAUUUAAGUGAAGACUCUCUCACUGAGCAAUGUCUAGCUGUUUAUAGACAGGAUUGGCCGCAGAAUAUUCUAGAAAGUCUGUCGACUUGCAUGAAGUCAGUGUCGUCUCGGUGGUCGCGCGCCGCAACCGGCAAGUUUACGCUGUUUCUAGAUUUUCUGGCGGAGUAUUGCGGAGAUAUGGACUAUGAGCCUGUUGCCUAGAUUUUGAAGAUAAAAAAUACGCUUUAAUUUGGUAAAGUUAGAGCUGAAAGAGUCGUUAAUUGGUAACUAAGAGCCAAUUUUAGUGUAUUUAGUACAAGAAAUUCACAUUAAAUCCAUUUGAAGACUGAAUGGAGUUGGACGAAGUAUUUUACGGUAAUUUAAAAUCUAGACAAUCUGAAAAUUCAGUGCAAUUGUGGAUGAGUUGUUACAAUUAUGGUCAAGAGUAUACAGACUAAAAAUAUUUAUCUUAAAAACAUAAAUUGACUUGAUAAAAAUUAGUCAACUCAAACUUUUUUUGUCAUAGAAUUGACUGUCGGUAAAACAGUAUGUUAAAUGACUGAUGCACAUGUUUUCACAACACAACCGAUAGAUGGCAUUUUAACUGAUAUGUAAAACGUGUAUUUUUCAUUUAUAAAUAUUUUUUAUGCUUCUCCUAUCUUAUAUA